CAGCCGAAAGCCCUGUUGGGUGGGCGGAUCGCAGCGGUGACAGCAACUCACAGAGACUCCAGACCUUAAAAGUGUCAAAAAGCGGACAACUGACGUCAUGGCGGAGUUAGACCUGAGUCUAAGCGAUGCGCUGGCAGAUGCUCCUCAGACGGGGCAGGUGGAGAGCCUGGUGGAGCGGGACUUUAUGGCUCAGCUGGAGGCAGAAACCUUCGACGACAAGGUGGGGGAGACAGUAGGAAAGACGGACUACAUCCCCCUGCUGGACGACGUUGACACCAGGGCAGACACGGGUUCUGCAUUGGAGAAUGGAGAGCAGGAAGCUCAUGGGGUGCAAAAGCCUGGUUGUAAGCUGACCUCAGGGGGACAGAUAACAGCCUCUCGCCCAGAACCUCAAGGAGAGGUGCGGCCACUCCCACUUGACCAGAAGCAGGCCGCGGCCACAGAUUUCUUAUCAGCCUCCAUGGCAGGUUAUUUAGAUCCUCUGGACUCUCAGAGCAGCCCUGCCCAAAUGAUGGAUACUGGCCUGAUGGGAGCUUUCUCAGGUUUCUCCCAACCUGGAGGGAAGGGGGUCACGUUGGAGGUAGGAGCAGCAACUCUCCAAGCAGACAGGCCCCCAAGUAUAGCAGAGCCCCAGCACGCCACACCCCCAGCAGGGUUAGAGGCCCCUAAAGAACACGGCCCCAUGCUGCCUGAACCCCAGGUUCCUCGCAGCCCUGCAGCCCUGACAGCAGGUGCCUUAGCCGACAGCUGGAUUGACCAGGCUGGCUGCCUGUCUUCAGACCUCCCUUUCUCUCCCAGCGUAAAUACGAUGAUCAGUCGCCAUGCAAGCCAAUUUGCAGCCAGCCCUGAUGACCCCCCCGAAAUUUGUCCUAGCCGAGAGAGCACCGCCUAUGCUGGGGGUGAUGAAAGGGAUACAGAGGGGUCGGACCGAAAACAGAGAAAGAAGAAGAAAAGGCGCCAGAAAGAUGAAGGAUCUUACGAGAACCUGGAGAGCAGGGGUCACCCUGAGAUGCAAGCACAGGGAGAAAACACUCCCCCGACAGAGGAGUUCUUCCAGAGAAUUGGGCCAAGGCGGGAUAGAGGAGAGGGAGGCUGGGAGGAGCAACUUGGGAAGAGUGGAGGCCGAGGGAAGAAGGGGAAGAGCAGGAAGAAGCUUCCAGAGGAGUGGGGAGUGAUGGCAGAACCAUUUGUUCCUUCGUCUGCAGCCACUUCUCAGAUGACAGAGGAGGUGAUGAUGGAUUUAGGGAGUUCAUCUCCGGCAAACCUAGAGGCCUCAUUCACAGAAGUGGACACCAGCCACAGUCCCUGGAAAAAGGAGGUCUACCCAGAUGAAGGUCUGGUUCCUGCCCCACUGUCCGAAGACCUAUUCUCCCUAACAGGUGCUCCCAUUGGUCCACUGGCUCUGAACAGCGAGCUUAAAGCUACAGCAGCUCCAUUCACCAUGCCCUCAACUGCCAACAAUGCAACACUUGGUUCGUCUCCCAUGACACCUCACCUUGGUCAUGAAGUUGAUCUCUUGAUGGAAUCCGAGAUUGCCAGUUUGGGCAACAACAGCCAGGCCUUUUCUCCAUCUUUCUCUCCAGACGAUGAAGUGUGUGGUGACUUGGUUGACAGCGGGAUGUUUGGCAAUACCAGCUCCCUCCAAGAGUCAUUUAUGCAAGUCAUGCCUGAGGAAGACACCUCGGCCUUCAGCCCUGCCUCGCAGUCAAGUCCUGGCGUUUCACCCAAGGGUGAGGUGUUAGCCUCAGCUCCACCUCUUUCACCGUCAGAUGCGUCCUGGCUCCUUAACGACUCGCAGGUUAGCAGCAACAGCGAGAUGUUUGACUUCAGUGACAUCGGCCCUUCAGGUCCUCCUCUGCGCUUAGGCUUGUCCUUUAACACCCCAAGCCCAGCACCUCUCCGCUCCCCCAAAACCACAGCACAGGAAUUCCAACAGAAAGAGCACAAAGAUGAAACAUCGGCCCAGAAACAAUCCAAGAAGUCUCGUUCAUCAUCGUCCUCAUCCUCAGCGAAGAGUCCCACCUCGUCAGGAGCAAAGAAGCUCCCUCUGCAGGCGUCCCCUAUCGUCAGCCCUUCUUCCCCUCCAUCGGUCAGCCCUCUGGGUACUCCAGGAUCUGGUCUUAACCCUACAGCUAAGCCCUUUUUUCCCAGCUUUGCUGACCCCUUGGAGGAGCCAGCUGCGGUCCCUCCACCUGCCCCCACCAUUGAAGUGAAGUCAGACAAGAUGUCAGAGAAGAAGGAGGACAAUCUGGAGGAUAGUGUAAAGAAGAUGGGCCACUUUGAACCUCUGAACAAAGCUGACGAACGGGGUGUGAAGGUCGAAUACGAAAGCACUGAGACUCCAGUGAAGGUGGAGAAAGAAAUGGAGAAGGAAACGCAGAAAGACACAGAGAAAGAGAAGGAGGUGAAAAUUGAGAAGGAGGAUGAAAAGGUCAAAGUAACAGAGGAAGAAAAAGUGAAGGCACCUGAAAAGCAAGCAGAAAAGGUCGAGGAGAUGAAGAAGGAGACGGAAAAGGGAAAAGAAAAAGAGACAGAGAAAGUGGAGUCAAUGCAGCAGAAAGAGGAUAAAAUGACCAAGGCUGAAGAAUCGCUGGAUAAAUCAGUGAAGACAGAGAAAGUAGAAAAGGUUGAGAACAAAGUUGAGAAAAUGGAGAACGUGGAAAAAAUUGAUAACAGUGAAACAGUGAAAGUGGAAGAAAAAUCCAAGAACAAAAAUAUUGAGAAGCUGGAGAAGACAGCGAUGAAGGACGACAAAGAGCACAUCGAAAAGACCCCAGAGCCACAGUCGGCAGCCAUCAAGUUCGAUACUAGCUAUGACAAACUGGAGAAGGAGGCUGACAGAGAGACGAAGGCGACGGUAGUGGUGGAGGAAACCAAGAAAGAGAAGGCUGAUGUGGACAAAGCCCAGAAGAUGGAGAAAGAGGGCGAGCCGGAGAAACCGUCCGACAAGCCGGCAGAGCAACCAGAGCAGAAGAGCGAAAAGCAAGAGAAGCAGGACCAAAUACAGGCCGAAAACAAGACUGUAGAGAAAAAGGAUGACAAGAAGGACAAGGCAGUAAAGGCAGACGGAGGAGAGAAGGCCAAGAAAUUGAAACCUCUAGCCAAUGGAAGCAGCACGACACCCAACAAAGACCUGGCAGGUGCAGACAAGAAGACCAAGCCUGGUGCCGGGUUGACCAAACCGAGCGCCGCUGCCAAAAUGCGGCCAAGCUCCACAGUUGCUAGCAGUGGUUCGCUCGCAGCCCCUACUAAGCGCCCCACACCCUCCUCCACCACCUCCAGCUCAGACAAAAAAGCAACCACAGCAAGGGUACCCUCCACAGCCACCGCAGGCCUAAAGCGGCCCUCUACCGGCCCUGCCAGCCGGCCCUUGUCAUCCACCGCAACCACUGCCACACGUGACGUCAAACCCAAGACGACCACUGAGAGGCGUCCCCUUGUGCCAAAGGCGAGCACUGCCACCUCAAAUCAAACAGGCCCCACUGCUGCCACCAAAAAUGGAACGGCUACCACAGCAGCCAGUAAAACCACCACAUCAGUGCGCACGUCACUGACUGCUCGCACCAGCGCCACUGCACCCAAAAAGCCUCUGGUUCCGAAGACAAUCAGCAAACCAGGAGAAGAGAAGAAGCCCAGCACUCUGAAGACUUCUGCAGCUGACUCGACCAAGCCGAAGACCACCACCCGCAGCACUGGUGCCCCAACCACCACCACCACCACCACUGCCUCUCGCACUCGAAUUACAGCAGCCAAACCGGCCACACCAUCCUCCAGCUCCGUGCCAGAGAAAAAGCCCACGGUGCCCCGCGCCCCCCGGGCAGCUUUCUCUACCACAGCUACCGCCGCCUCCAAGACUGCGACUCGUCCCAGCACAGCACCAGCCGCUGACACCCGCAACGUCCGCUCCAAGAUCGGUUCUACAGACAACAUGAAGCACCAGCCUGGAGGAGGGAAGGUGUCAUCUGCCUCUCAGAUCAGGGCUGUUGCCUCCAAAGACACCAGCCAGGGCAAAGUGCAGAUACUCAACAAGAAGGUGGAUUUGAGUAAGGUGACGUCAAAGUGCGGCUCCAAGGACAACAUCAAGUACAAGCCUGGUGGCGGGGACGUGAAGGUCGGGUCCCACAAGGUGAACUUUAGGGAAAAGGCUCAGUCCAAAGUGGGCUCCACUGACAAUCUGAGCCAUUCACCUGGUGGAGGGAACAUUAAGGCUGAGGGGGGCCAGGAGACAACUGAGGGAAAUGGGACACCCCUGAGUGGCACCCAGGCCCCAGCCCCAAGUUUUGAGGCGGGGGAGGUUGGGCACCUCCCUGCCAACGAGAAUGGGCUAAAGGACGGGGCUCCAUGUGAGAGCGAGAGUCUCCGGGAGCCCCAGGCCCUGGACUCGAGCAUCCCAGAGACAAGCAUCUAAUUCUGCUAUCCUUCUGCCCUCCUCAUCUCAACCCCCCCACAACUUCAUCUUCUCCCUCUCCCAAUCUUUUUCUUGUAUGGAAUUUUUAUUUAACCCUUUAUCCCUGUCCUUUCUCUCUCUCUCUCUCUCUCUCUCUCUCUCUCUCUCUCUCUCUCUCUCUCUCUCUCUCUCUCUCUCUCUCUCUCUCGGUCUCUCUCCUAUCCAACCUCUCUGCUGCAGAUUGAGUCUUUCAAGCUCAACUUCCGCGAGAAUGCUCGCUCUCGCACGGACCACGGCGCCGACAUCGUCACCUGGCCAGCCCCCCAGGACAACAGUGGACCCCACCCACAUGGCUCCUUCUAUUCUCUACACCGCCAGCACCAACCCCCCCCCCCCUCCCAGACUUGCCGCAGCGGCUCCUUCCUUGAGUCGUUGGCCGCCGCCGCUUGCUGUGACGGCUCCCCCUCCGCCCCCUCCUUGCUGCGUCUCCAGGUGGAGGUCAAGGGGGACGGCAGCAGCUCCUCAAUGAGACCUUGACCUUUUCUUUGCCCCCCUAAAGCUCUGAAAACCUCCCUCAUCUUAAAAUUGUUGUUGCAAACAUGUGACCUUUCUAAAUAGUUCUGCUUCAUGCCUCUUCUCUCACAUCUGAGCUCAUCAUUAUGCGCCGUCACCCUCACCGCUUCAAACCUUUCCAAUCCCCUGCAUUUGGCUGAAAUGACUGUAUAGAAUAAGCUUGAGCCUCGUUGGGAAUCUACGUGAAGGGAAAUUAGGGGACUGCAAGGUUUCCGUACAUUUGUGGCUGCACCUUAUUAUAGGAAUCAUUGAGUUUCACUUGGAUCCUCUUUACCCACAACCUGGUGGUGGACUCUGACCCUGCAUCACCUCUCCUGCACACCUCAGACAGCAGUUUACUUGUCUCCCGAGCAGCAUGGAAACCCUUUCAGACUCACCUCCGGCUUCUGUCACACACGUACAAUAGCUUCGCUUCCCCUCGUGACUGUAGGGGCUGUUUGUUCCCAGUAACCACUUACUCUCUGCUUCAAUAACGUGCACAGUAAUCCAUUGUUCAAUCUUCAUCAUCACUCCCUCUCGUCAUCGUCACUUACCAUAAACAAGCUGAGAAACAAAAAAAAGCUAGACAACAAGUAGGCUGUAUGAACAUUUUAGGCUGUUUAACUCUUUAUUCUCUGUGUUUGUGAUAAUGUGUUUGAGUGACAAAAGUUGUGUAAAAAUGAGCUUCGGUGUUCAGUUCGGUUCUUAUUUCUGUCUUUCCUUUUAGGUUUUGAUUUUAAAAACAAGUUUUCAUUUUAUUUAUUGUACGUUUUUUCCUAUAUAAGCAAUACGGUGUUCGUUAUUUUCCCAAUAGUACUCCGAACAUCUUGGUAACACGCACAGGAUUUUUCUCAAACCAAGACUCAGUGAGGAAAGAGGUGGCAUGUGGAGGGAGGAAGAAAGUGAGGAGGGAGGUGUUCCUAGGAAGGUGCAGAAACGAAGCAUUUGAGGUGUGCUUUACAUGAAUGGCAAAAUAAGAAACCUGUAAGUUUUUAGAAAUUCGAGAAGCUGUAUGUGAGCGUACAGUCCAGCGGGAGAUGAGGAAGAUGUCGUCGGAUAGGAAACGUCUCUAGUGUUAAAGGGGAUGUGUGUCUCGUUCGUGCCUCCUGACCUUCAUACCUGAAAAACUAAAGUUAAUGACGGAGAUGAUAACGAGAGAAUAUCAUAGUUGAUAAAAAAUAAGAAACAACCUGGUAUCAGCUGUUUGAAGGAAAUUGUGUAAACCAAGCACUCCUGGUAGCUGUGUGUAGUCACAAGUUCAGGUGUCUCCAUGAGGGUAAUAGUAGCAUGUCGUUAGGCACUUGACACGAAACAUCUCCAAUAGUGUCUGUGUGUCCUUGGUGGAAGUACUGGCAGUGGAACAUGAUGCGGCUUUAUACUCUUCUCCUGUAGCAAUGUAUUUCAACCUCAAAUUGCCUUUCAAAUGCAUGGCCAGAUUCUAUAAUAUCCCCCCGGAGCUUAAAGCCUGUGUGCAUUAUGACUCAAAGUUGUGUGGUUUGGUACCUUAUUUGUAUCUGGGGAAAUAAUCUUAGACGGUCGAUGUGCUGCUACUCACAUGGUGAUUUGUAUAUGGUGGUGAACAGAGCGAACUUCGAUGGUUGCAGUUUCAUCUCUUAGAAAAAUGAUUUAGUUCCAGGUGCAGAUUUGUAUCCAGCGAUUCAAUGGCUCAAACAGACAGCAAUGAAAUACCUUUUAACAUUAUUACAGGUAUUUCUGAUACAUCAAUGACAUGCUGCUCAUUGCCCACUAAUAAUUCGGUAUAUAUAUAUAUAUAUAUAUACCGAAAUAUUAUCUGACUAUGGAUACAAAUUUACAGAAUUUCAGAAAAAUGAAUGUUAAUACUAGAAAAGGCCUUUUCUAGAACAUAGCUACAUUGACUGUCCCAGAGAGAUGAUAUCCGACUACAAAAACACUCCUGUUCAAAUUGUCACUAAAUCAAUAAAAUGCUUUGACAAAACUAAAUUGCACCUUAAUGCUUAAAUGUGUCAAAAGAGCUCAUUGUGCUGCAGUAAUGAUGUUUUAUUAACAGCUAAAUGACUCCUCUUUUGCAAGUAAUUAAAUUAACCCCUAAUUAAAGCAAAUGAGCAAUAAGCUGACAUACACCGCCCUCACCUUUCCUACCCUAUCAUUAAAAAACGAUUCAGUCAUUAUUUUGUUAAUAAAGUGAAAAGCUAACAAGCAAAGAUCAAUUUUUCUUUUUAAACAGUAAUAGGCAAUAAAUGUUGAUUAAAGUCUUCUGAACCAGGGAAUGUUUGAAGUGCAGAUGUUUGAGGGCUUUUCUGCCGGCUGAAUUUGUGCCACGCCUGUCACCAAGCUGGAGCUUUCCUUGUGCCUGUCCACAACCACAUUUAAGCUUUGCUUUUACCCCAGUUUUUUUACUCACCACUCCUUGUGAGGCCGCACGCUAUAAGACUAUAUUUUAUCCAUGCCCUUACGGCCCUAAAAACAAGAUCAUCACCGGGGGGUUGGUGGGUGGGAGUUUCGAGGCUGUUCAGAAAAGCUUUUAUGUCCAUGUACCUUUAAUGGUUUUGCGGGGAGUAUGCGUUUUAUCAUGGCUAUUAUGACUAUUAUUCUCAUUAUUAGUAUGACAAAUUGAAAAGGUCUGCCUUUUUCUCUGGAAAGGGGCCACUGAAUUGAAAGAAUGUCUUUUGAGAUAUAUUGUACUAAAGACGCAACGCUUUUGUAUAUGUAUUUAUCGUUGUGUUUCUGUAGCCUCGUGAUGGUUGUGCACUCGCGGAUGAAGGGGAAAUACUUUUGAUUUGUGACAGCCAGUUUCACAACCUACGCCGCGGACUUCCAGUAGGGACGUGAGAUCUGAACCCAAAUACAACAGACGCAGAAAAUCUCAUGGAGCCAGAUAUUAUGGAAGAUGCUGUAAGAGCAGAUUAAUUUAGAAACUGUCAACAUAGAGCCUAAUUAUUACAAGAGGCAUUUAACAAUAUUUGUAGUGCACAUUUAUGAAUACACACUAAUAAAUGAUGUCCGAAAACUCAGUCUUAAGAGAUGAUUAGCUCAAAAUUCUCGCUUUAAGGAUACAGUGACCUCUGUAUAUGUUCGUUUGAAAAAAGAUGAAUGGGACUGAAGCUAACGCACCAGAAUCACAUGAUAUUGUUUAACUUAGUUCACAAAGCACUGAGUUUAGAGGUCAGUGAAAAAGCCUGUAAUUUGGGAGUAAUGCAUAUCAAUACAUAUUGGCUCCCACACGUUGCACUCGAGCAGCAACCUGCCCUGAGGAGUCGCACACACCGAGACCCUAACACGUCCUCGUUUGAGAUUUAGGCGGCUAAUUGUAGCUUCUGGGUUUUGCUUGUGUGAUAAACGAUCCUCGGUAAUAAUUGAUCCAAGGAGCCACGUAGAACUUCAUGUACUGCUACAUGUACUCGUACCAGACAAGUAUAACACUCGCUAAUAAACACCUACUACACCUGCAGAGCAUGCUGACAGACAAUGGGAUGUGUUAGGUAGACUUACUAUGACAUUUGCAGAAUCUCCUCAUGUUUUUUUGUGUUUUCUCUUCUUUUGUUUUCAUUAAUUUGAAUUUUAUUUUUUUGGUUUGAAAAAAAAAAGUGUUUAUUGUGAUUACUUGUUAAUUAGUGAUGUGAUUAAUAAACAUUAAAUAAAACAAACUAAACUCUCA